UUCAUCAACAAAGAUAGCCAUGGAAUUCCUUGCCAUCUUUUUCGCUUUUACUUUGCUUAACACGUAUUCUUGUGCAUCUCCUGGAUUAGUUCUGGAAAACUACAGCCAGCUCGCACAAAAGUUCGGCUUGCCACCUCUCCCUCCACUCCCUAUAAAGUUCAACUUCUCGGACAUCUCCAAAGAAUGCCAUGAUACUGUUGUCAAGCUUUCACAAUCAGCGAGCGCAUAUUCCUACGUAGAUGCAAUCGGCAAACCUCAAAGUGGACUUUUCCUGGGAAACACUGGUUGGUUAGGAUCCUACAGUGAGUGUACUGAAACCAUUCCUGAUGCUCAUUAUUGUUUGGCCUACCUAUCAUUUACACAGCCCCCUUUAAAUAUCACCAAGUUGUUUCCUGUCCGCUGGGGACUUUGUGCACCAAAACAAUGCAGCGAAGAGGAUGUUACUAAAGGUCUACAAGAUGUGUUUACAGGAAUUAAUAAAUAUGCAAAUAAGACAGAAGUAGUGUUAAGGCCAGCACAACAGCAAUUGCCAGGACAAGAUGCAAGUGGAAAACCUGUUCACUGCAGCAUAAAAUCAGAAUACACAACAGGAGCAAUACUCACUUUGAUUUUGUGUGGUCUAAUCCUGUCCCUCUGCCUCAUGGGGACAAUUCUUGACAUUGUGAUUACUUUCAUGAAGAGACCAUCAGUGCCUGUCAGCAAAAGUAAUGGCUUCAUGCCAAUCAGAGAUGAUUCCUUACCAACCCUUCAAGGCCAGGGGUCUGAUUCAUUUGCACAGAGUGAUCGCAGCAGUGUACACCCACCUUCUGAUGAGGCAAUUGGUUCAUCAACCUGGUUAUCAAGCUUUCCUUUCCAGAAAAAUGAGCCAAAUGUAGUGGUGCAGUUUUUCCUCUGUUUUUCCUUAAUUCAAAACACAAGCCGUAUCAUGGACACCAAAGUCCCUGCCAGCGCCAUCACAUCAAUCAAUGGAAUGAGCGUGAUUAGUAUGUGGUGGGUGAUCCUGGGACAUGUGUAUGCUUUCCAAUUAGGAUCCUCUAUUAGUAACUUUGUGUUAUUUUUCCAAUUACUUCAACGGUUCACGUUUGAAGCUAUUGGAAAUGCAACCUUUUCAGUGGAUAGUUUCUUCUUUCUGAGUGGUCUCUUGGUUUCCUAUUUGUCAUUGCGUCAUAUGGAGAAGAAAAAUGGACAACUGCCACUCUUUAAGUACUAUUUUCAUCGUUUUUGGAGGUUAACUCCAGCUUAUAUGUUCGUUUUGUUGUUUUACGACAAACUGAACGGAUUUCUCGGCGACGGCCCUCUUUGGUAUCAAGCCCAGGCAAAGAACCCGUGUGACAAGUACUGGUGGACCAACCUACUCUAUAUCAACAACUUCUAUCCAACUAGUUUUGGCGCAUCGUGUUUUAACUGGAGCUGGUACCUAGCGAAUGACAUGCAGUUUCAUAUCAUUGCCCCCGCUGUGCUCUUUGUGGCGUAUAGGUUUCGAUGGCGGGGACUCAUUGUGUUUGUUGCUGUGUUACUGAGCAUCAGUUUUACCACCACAGCUGUUAUUUAUGCUCACUACGACCUUCCUGCUGUAGUAAUCAGUAAAGCGGCGAUAGAUGCUGGGGAGCGCGGUGUGGAUUCCAUGUCUCUGACCUAUGUCAAGCCCUAUUGUCGUAUUUCACCGUAUCUUGUUGGCAUAGUCACGGGAUACUUACUUCUUAACGUAAAGGACUGGAAACUUCCCACUAAGGUUCAGACGUACUUGUUCAACAUGGCUGGCUGGUGUGUUGCCAUUGUUCUCGCUCUCUCUACUCUCUAUGGUCAGUACAAAGCCGUAAGGAAAGACAACCCCGUGCAAUUCUCUCGUGCUGAGAAUAUUAUCUACGGAACUUUUUCACGAUUCGCUUGGAGCCUGGCACUAGCCUGGGUGAUUUUUGCUUGCCAUAACGGGCUUGGAGGCUUGGUGAAUAAACUCCUGUCCGCUCGAUUUUGGAUUCCAUUAAGCCGGCUGACGUAUUGUGCCUAUCUGGUUCAUCCCAUCAUCAUCUUCGCUCUGUUUCAGUCGUACGAGACUGUUCGUGCAUAUUCUGAUGUGCACCUUGCAUUUUGUUUUGUGGGUGUACUGGGCAUUUCGUAUGCAGCGGCCUUUAUUGUGUCAGUGUGUGUGGAAUAUCCCAUGAUGCAACUAGAGAAGUUUAUUUUUAAAAGCGACAAGUGAGCUCAGGUGUCAUGGAUGAAAGUGUGUUGUUUAGACCACCCGUGCCUGUGCUACAGUUCAACCAGUAUUGACAGAUACGUUAUUACCAACACUCAAUAGUAUAUUUUUGUUAUUCUUUUAUUGACAUUAAUACGAUAACAUAAAUACGAAUCACGGUAAAAGUAUAUUUGAAUAUAAAAUUGAUCUUAUUAUUAUCAUUAUCUUCGCAGUAAUGUUCACUACUUAAGCACUAGUGAAGAAAAAAAAAGCCUGACAAAAAUUCAGGCUUGUCAACUUUCGUACAAUUCAGACCUGUCAACUUCGCUCGAAUCGUCAGCUUUGAAACUCUCUACGGUGGCAAGUUCAGUACAUUAUCAACUUAUCUGAUAAAAUCUAAAUUAUGUUGUUAUACUCUCCCACCGACGCAGCACCACAGUUUCGAUACUUACCCCCUUUGUAAUUUUCUUACAGGCCUAAAUUUUUUUUCAGGCUUCAUUUUCACAACUUCUUAAGAAGUGUACAUUACUGCGAUGAUCACUCACGUAUUCGUUUAUUAAUCCGCAGUUCACAGCCAAGU